AUGCAGCAAGUGAACAAUGUGACGGAACUCAUCCUGCUCGGCCUCACACAGAACCCAGAGGUGCAGAAACUCUUCUUUGUCACCUUUGUGAUCAUCUACUGCCUCACCCUGGCAGGCAACUCAUUCAUUGUUGUAACCAUCACCAGCAGCCCGGCCCCGGGCUCCCCCAUGUAUUUCUUUCUGUCCUUCUUGUCUUUCAUUGAUGGCUGCUGCUCUUCUACCAUGGCCCCCAAAAUGAUAUUUGACCUACUGGCUGAAAAGAAAACCAUCUCCUUCAGUGGGUGCACGACUCAGCUCUUUGCAGAACAUUUCUUUGGCGGUGCUGAGAUCAUCCUGCUCACAGUGAUGGCCUAUGACCGCUAUGUGGCCAUCUGCGGGCCCCUGCACUACAUGAUCACUAUGAACAAGCAAACUUGCAGCCUCCUGGUGUCCACAGCCUGGGCCGGGGUGCUUCAUGCUCUCAUCCAAAUGCUUUUCAUGCUCUGGUUGCCAUUCUGUGGCCCAAAUGUCAUUGACCAUUUCAUCUGUGACCUCUUCCCCCUCCUAAAACUCUCCUGUGCUGACACCCACAUCUUCGGACACUUUGUUGCUGCCAACAGUGGGCUGAUGUGUGUGCUCAUUUUUGAUGUCCUCAUCACCUCCUAUGUCCUCAUCCUCUGCUCCCUGAAGACUCAAGGUACUGAGGAACAGUGGAAGGCGCUCUCUACCUGCGCCUCCCACAUCACCGAAAUCGUCCUAUUCUUUGUACCCUGUGUAUUCGUGUACCUUCGGCCCAUGAAAACCUUCCCCAUCGAUAAAGCGGUGGCUGUGUCUUAUACUGUGGUAACCCCAAUGCUGAACCCUUUAAUCUACACCCUCAGAAACACAGAGGUGCAAAAUGCUAUGAAGAAACUCUGGAGCCAAAGUGCAAUCGUAGGUAACAAUUCAUAUGAACGGAGAACAUGA